AUGAACCGAGGAAGGUCAUAUAAAGAGGAGGAGAAAACAGCUGAACGAGAUGAUGCUUCAUGCUUGCUUCUAUGGGGAGGAGAUCGUCCCCAGUCGGUAAUAUAUUCGCGGGGCUCAGGGCGCCGUCCCGCUGACCGUGAAGCAGAUCGCCGAAGCCUUCUCGCCUCGCUCGAGGACGAGAUCCGCGCCCUCCGGUCCUGGCAGUCCCGCCCGGAGCCGGAGUCCGGCUCCCCGGAUUGGAUCUGCGCCGGCCUCGCCCAAAUCGAGCUCCUCCACACCUCCCUAGACGACCUCCUCCAGCUCCUCCAGGCCCAGGACACCCUCCGCCACCGCUCCUCCACCCCCUGGACCGACCGCCUUCUCGACGACUUCCUCCGCUUCGCCGACGCCUACGGCUCCUUCCGAUCCGUCCUCAUCUCCCUCAAAGAAACCCAGUUUGAGCUCCAGACCGCCAUCCGGCGGCGCGACGAGGCCCGGGUCGCGUCCUCCAUCCGGUCCCAAAAAAGAAUCCAGAAAGAUCUUGCCAAGCUCGUUGUUUCCAUUCGAGAAGCAUCCAGAUCGCCCGCCCCCGCACUGGCGGCGGAUGCGGCGGAGCGAGAGAUGGCGGGGAUCAUGAGGGAGGCGACGGCGGCCACUACGAUGGCUUCGGCGGCAGUUUUCUUGGGGAUCAGGGCGGUUUCCUCCUCCGCAUCGGAAUCCAAGAGAUAA